AUGCAUCCUCCGGCACGUCAACACUCAACAGGCUCACUGGAUCAAUUUGAUCCGGUGAUGGUAACUCCGGUCAUCGGAAACGAGUUUACCAAAGGGAGCUGCAACAUUGUCGAUGACAUCCUGCGCGCUCCAGAUGCCGACAAGCGCAUUCGUGAUUUGGCCAUCAUGAUCGCUGAGCGAGGUGUUGUCUUCUUCCGCGCUCAAGACAACCUUACCAAUGAUCUCCAAAAGGAAUUGGUCCUCCGCAUGGGUCAAUUGACUGGUCGCCCAUCAGACCAUGGCCUGCACAUCCACCCAGUUACCAAUGAUGCUCGCGAGUUCGGUGACCCAGACCCUGCGAUCAGCACCAUCAACUCCGAAGGACGCAAGAAGUUGUACAAAGGAUCCAACUACACCAAGAUGGCAGCUGUUUGGCACAGCGAUAUUUCAUUCGAGCCAGCCCCGGCUGACUUCUCGUCGCUGCGGCUAGUACAGUUGCCGAAGACUGGCGGUGACACCCUUUGGGCAUCGGGAUACGAGGUCUACGAUCGAAUCAGCAAGCCUUAUCAGAAGUUCCUGGAAACUUUGACUGCGACUCACGACGGCGAGGGUUUCAGGCGCAUGGCUCAGUCUGGUAAAUUCCAGAUCUAUGAUAAAGAGAGAGGAUCGCCUAAGAAUGUUGGUGGGGACCUUUAUGCAGUUCACCCUGUUGUGCGAACCAACCCUAUUACAGGCUGGAAAUCCAUUUUCCCAAUUGGCUCGUUCCCCUCUUGCAUUAAUGGUCUCAACCGACGAGAGAGCGCAAAUAUGCUGCAGUGGUUCCAUGACCUUAUCACUUAUGGCCACGAUCUCCAGGUCCGCUUCAAGUGGAACUCGCCUAACGACAUAGCUAUUUGGGACAACCGCAGUGUCUUCCACACCGCAACAGGCGACCACGAAGGCUUUGGACCACGCAGUGGAAACCGAGCGGUCGGUGUUGGCGAAGUUCCUUACUUUGAUCCUGAGAGCAAGUCGCGUCGGGAGGACUUGGGUAUCGUGGAGGACCUUGCUCCUUGCCAUUUGUAG